AUGAUCAAUCUUCUAAGGCACAAGCCAUAUCUUGAAUUGUUGGGCACGUCCGAGCCUGAUCAACAACAAGCACUACUGGAAACAGCAAGCGCCGAACAAGUACACUGCCUGUGUCUCUGUGUAGAAAACGUUAUGAAAAUAAAAUAUUUAAUGCCGAAGCAUGUGAUGAAGAAACUCCGACCUUUCAAAAACGAAAUGCUUAGGUUGGCAGAUAGAGGAAAAUGUGGAAGAAGAAAAAAACGGAUACUCGUUCAACGUGGUGAAGGUUUCCUUGGACUAUUACUAAGUCCUAUUUUGGAAAGCCUGGCUGAACUUGUAUAAAAGCCCUGUGACUACAAUUUAUACAUCAUUUCAACAAUGAACAUCGACAGUAAAACAUCUCCGCGACAUUGGCGCAUUGAAGAUAUACUUUUGUUUCUGAACAAUGAUGUCAAAAAAGCAGAAAAAAUUCUACAUUCUAUUAUUAUAUCAAUCGAUAUUUUAACUUGGAAUCCUCAGGGGGAAAUUAAUUUUUUAUCGUGGAAGAGACAUUCGAGGUACUAACAUCGAGAAACUUUUACAAUACGCACUUUUACCAUACAACUCUCACAUUCCUGAACCACGAGGGCUCGACCUGUUUACAAAAGCCCUAGUAGAAGCAGGGAUUAAUAAAGAUUUAAUUAAAAAUGAGUAUUUAUUGUCAAAAUGGCAAAGGAGGAAUAUGAAAUGCCGCAAUCUGAGAGCGAUGUUGAAAGCGAAUCUGGUGAAGAGGACAGGAAAUCUGAUGAGUGAUAAUGAAAGCGAAUAUGAUGAUGAUGAUUGUCACAAUAAUGAGGAGGAUGAUGAUGGUGAUGAUAAUGAGGAUGAUGAUGAGUCCGAGAAACUAGCUUGUAACCAUUGUGGAAAGGAGACUGGUCACAUUGUAUACUUAAUGAACUGUCCAAGAUGUUCGUGGAAAGAUUUCUACUGGGACAAAAAUGCUCAAUGUAUGACAUGUGAUGAACAGUCCCCUCUACUGUUUUCGCAUGUCCUUGGUUUCUGCGAGUUAUGUUCGUAUGGUACGUCUAACAGCAAGGCGGGUGAAAUGGAGUUCACACCAAAAAUGGACAAAUAAAAGACCCAGCAGAUUGGACCGAACGUGACCUAGCACGAAUGACUCCGGAAGCAAGAGAGGAUUAUGAACGUUUUAUAUUGAGCGACAGACCAAAAUAUAUACCAAUGAAGCCGGAGAAACUUGCAAAGUUAACCCCAGAAGAUAGACAAGAAUAUGAGAACUCUUUAAAAAUAACAAAAACACCUAGACGUUACGCUCUUAGAGGUAGACCUUACUAAAUUUUGUAAAACGUUUUGAAGAAAUAAAUGUGUUUUAAAUCUAAAUUCUGUGUAAAUUUUUGCCCGCAAAUCCACGCGUCCGCUUUUAAUGUCUUACGCCCUCGUAAUAAAUCUAUCUGCUAUACGCGACUUAUUCUUCCGAGAUGGGUAUAAUUCUGCUAUACAUUUCGAUAAAAAUUUCGCCAUGUGAGGGACUCGAACCCCCUUAUUUUGGGACAAACCCCAAUGCCAUACCAUUCGGCCACCAAGGCAUUACAGUUUCCUUGACAUAAAAAUCAAAUAAACUAUGCUUACACCAAACACGUAAUUAUAUCCCAUUAUAUCCCUAUCUAUCCAUUGGGAUAUACUUAGUUAUGCAAAUUUUUUGUUCGCCUAACCCUUAAUUACCUACACGCCACCUAAUGACUUAGCAACACAUAACAACGCAACAUUUGCAAAGUUUAAAACAUGUUUAUUGAUACAAAUAACAGACGAUAGCACCAAAAAAUAUUACAACUAAAACUGUUUGUUAAACUGUUCUACAAUUUUUUUCUCCAAGAAUCCUUGAUAAGCAAUUUUAUGAUCGGCCUCAAAACUUCUAAAUCGUUCACCCGUCGCCUUCACAGAAUACAUGUAGUAGCUCGGUGGGCAAGAGAAAAACGUUUCAGCUGCUGACUCGAGAGUGUUUUCUAAUCUCCAGUGAAACAAAUAGUUCAGUAUACAUUGUAGUUCGUGGUUCUCAGUGUUCUGAUGUAGUUCCAUCAAUGAGUCGACAAACGUAGAAUCUGGAUCUUUUUCCAUUUGCUGUAAAUGUUCGAGUACAUCUCUCUCAACCCUCAGUUUAAGUACUCUCAUUCUCUCAGCGAAUUCACACCAAACCAUACGCUUAGCAUUCACUCGUUCGAUCGCUUGUAAACCAUACAUUUGCCAUCGUUCGUUUUCGUUCAUCACGAGACAGUCAUGUUGCCUUUGACUGAGAUGACCGACUUGACAACCAUUACAGGAUUCCAUAACAAAGUCUUUGAACUUCAUGUGCGACUGCAUUCGCAUAUAUUCCUUCCAAUAAAUUGUAAGAUGCGGUUUUUCCAUGCAGACACUUCAUCGUAUAGCUUUCACAGCGAAAUGGCAAUAUAGCUAUAGCAAGCGUUGUCUUUUGUACUGAAAAUUCCGAGCUCUGCUUAAUGACUGUUUCGGACAUUUGGUCGCGGUACCUGUCAUAUUUGGCCCAGGCUUGCCCGCGUUAAUUGGUCACGCUACCUGUCACAUUUGGUCCAGGGUUAGGGUCAGCAAAGUGACGUCAUAUAUUUUGCAUAUUAAUUACUUCCGACACCUAAGUUUGCAUACUAAUUACUUCCGCCGCCAGAGUGGGGUCUUUUACUGCUGUCACAUGAAAACAAUAGUAAUUUUGAUACUGUGGCUGAGUUUUCUGGAUCAUGAUUUGAUUAAUUAUUGUGCAGGUGACAGCUUAAAUAAGGAAUUUUUAAUAAGUCAGCUUAAAUGCAUAUAUCUUGUUACCUACAAGUGGUGCACAUGUUAAAAAGGUGGAGGAAUUCGAAGUUAGAAUGAGGAUGCUAAGUAAGCCCGUGGGCAUGACAUUUACACACUUGUACAGUAAUAAUAAAAAUACUGGUAACUGCUGGAAUGUGGAAGGUUGUUAUUCAAUAAUUAAUAAUAAUAAUACCAGACCGUAGUACCUUUCCUCCCAGAAGAGAGUAAGGACUGAUACUCCCAGUCGCAAACUACGAGUAGGAAUGGGUUUAUCUUUAACUCACUUAAUAAUGAAAUUUAAUGUUGGGCAGCAGGACUGCAAAAUGAAGACCCCACGUCUACUAGCAGUAGCAGUAGCAUCGCUGAAGUCGAAGACGAUUCCUUUUUUGACAACGCUGAAAAAGAUUUAAAUUCCUCUAUUUGCCCUGAGUCCAACCAUGGUGUUACUGGUGGCAAGGACGAAAACUUCACUCCCUUGAAACUUUCCAGUUCUACUUCAGAAGCAAAGUUGGAUAAAAAUAAAGAUCUGGUGUUUGAUACGACAAGAAAGUUCCCAACCGACCGUGGUCAUUUUAAGGAAAACAUAACAGAUUGUGAUUUGAAAAUACUGGUUAUGCAUCACGAGUCAUGCAGACCGACAGGAUCCUUCGAAUAUGAAGAUGAGGAAGGGAAUUCAAUAGUGAAUUUCAGUGCCAGAUACUACAAUAAGUAUAUUGAUAAUAUGUCAAUACAAAGACUUUGGUUAUGCUAUUCAGUGGAACUGCAAAAACCUUAUUGCGAAGUUUGUUGGUUGUUUGCUGAUCGUGCAUCACCAAAUUAUGAAAAUUAUACAGGAUGGAUAAAUGGUGUAUCUGGUAGCUUGCAUAAUAUGCUUGAAAAAAUUAAGAGGCACGAAUCUUGCAACAUGCAUAUUCAGGCAACUGCAGUCUAUAUGAGAUGGAAAUCUGCCAAGACUGUGGAUGAAGAUAAUGAGAAAGAAUUAAAUCAGAAACAAGUUCUUGACCAAAUCAACAAUAAUUUUGACUCUUGCCACGCUAACUUUGGCAUUUAG